UUCAGACUUGCCGUACUUUUUUUGUUUGUUACUGAUGGCAAUUUGUUGUAUCUAUAACAGACACCUUCACUUUCUCCUCUAAACCUACUAAAUUGUGUUUUGUGAAAGAUGAGCUCAGCUUUUGUUAGUCUGACAAAAGAAAACCUCUGUGCUGAGCUGCAACCUGCUGACACAUCUCUGUCCUUCAUCGAGUCAGAGGACGCUCAGACGGCGUCAGUUUCAGCGUCGGAGACCAUGAGAGGGGGUGUGGGCUGGAGAGCACGAGAGCGACACCACGAGAGCGGUGCUGAAAAGCAGAGGCGAGGAGCUGAAAAGCCACCAGACACGGUUGUGCAAGAUCAUUAAAACGAUUGUAACCCGCAGCAGCAGAGUGUUUUUCCCUUUCCUGUGGUUCCAGAAGAACCCGAUACAGAGGUCGCGUCACAGUGGCACCCAACAAGGCGGACCACAGAGAUGUCGACAACAUCCCUGCUGGAGGCGCUGGGCCAAGUACUGGCCGAGGUGUCAACGGCAAGCCGGCAGCAGACACAGGUGCUGCAGGCACUGAUGGACAGAGCAGAGGCGGCGGGAGGAAUGUCCUCCAUGAAGCGCAUGGUGGAGGGGGAGGACCCCCAGACAUUCCUCGAUGUCUUCGAGGCCACGGCAACAUCGUGCAGGUGGCCGGAGGAGGAAUGGGGCGCGAAGCUGCUGCCGCUCCUGGUGGGGGAGGCGCAGCGGGUGGCGGUGAGUCUCCCGGCGACCGCCCGCAUGCAGUAUGCAAAUUUGCGCUGCGCAAUACUGGACCGUGUCGGCAGCAGCCCCGAAGACCAUCGCCGGAAGUUCCGGGCUGGAUCCAAAAAUGCUGGAGGCAAUCGUGCUGGAGCGAUUCGUGGAGGCCAUCCCGGCCAGGACAUCCGCGUGGGUACGCUACUACGGCCCCACAGACGUCAAAUCUGCUGUGAAACUGGCGGAGGAACACCUGGCGGUCCAGCGGGAGAUGGCGACCAAGAAGGCCGAGGGGCCCACCCCAGGACCCCGCCGGCGACUCGCCCCGCGAUGGGGGGGGUUGGAGGGGGAACCUCCGCAGCGACGACCACGCCAGCCUGAGCCACCCGGAGCCAGCGAACAGGUUCCCCACAUGGACAUAAAAAAAGAACACACACCCACACGCACCCAGAGACACACGACAAGGGGGGGGACACGGGGUGAUAAUAACUCUACAAUUUGUGCAUUCCAGGAUACCGGCGCUGCAGGGAGAGGGCUUCCCUCGCAGAUGGCACCUGAAACACCAGGGCCGGUGUGCUGGAGGUGCGGACAGCCCGGGCACGUGCGCCGGGAGUGCUCCAUGAUGGAGGUGGGGCAGGUGAUGCGGGUUGUCGGGCCUCCAGCACACGCCCCCGAUCUGGGGGAGACAUACUGUGUCCCGGUAAGGGUACAAGGGGGUAUAUAUCGGGCAAUGGUGGAUUCGGGCUGCAAACAGUCCAUGGUCCACCAAAACCUGGUUCGACCCGGGGCUUUGAAGCGGGCGACACGGGUGAAAAUUAGGUGUAUUCAUGGGGAUGUGCACGAGUACCCUAUUGUGCCAGUGCAAAUUUUAUAUGAGGGACAAAAGCAUAAAGUCAAGGUUGCCGUAAGCGUGCACCUUACGCACCCCGUAAUUUUAGGGACAAAUUGGCCGGGAUUUAACCAUUUGGUGACACAAUGUAUGGGGGUGCGGUCACGGGCAGUCGGUGAGGGGGCUAGCCGCACGGUUUUCAGCGGCGACGCGGCUUCAUCGGGUACUGCCGAGCGGGAACUGAUGGGGGCUUCGCGGGAGGCCCCCCCGGCCCCCCGGUGGCAACCUACUGAGGAAUUUCCCCUCGAGCAGUCCCGUGAUGAAACCUUGCGCGAGGCCUGGGACCAGGUGGAUUACAUUGACGGUCAGCUGGUGCGCCCGGGGAAAGCGCGGGUAUUCCCCCAUUUUUCAAUUAUUCGGGAUAGAUUAUACCGAGUGAGCCGUGACACUCAAACCGGGGAGGAACGCACCCAGUUGUUGGUGCCAAAACGCCGCCGGGAAAUGGUUUUCCAGGCGGCGCAUUUUAAUCCCAUGUCUGGCCAUUUAGGGUAUGAUAAAACACUUAAUCGGGUCAUGGUCCGUUUCUAUUGGCCAGGCCUCCGGGCAGAUGUGCGCCGUUGGUGCGCUGCUUGCUCAGACUGCCAGCUGGUGAACCCAGCGGCCACCCCAAAGGCGCCCUUGCGCCCAUUACCGCUCAUGGAGGUCCCGUUCGAGAGAAUUGGGAUGGACCUCAUCGGACCAUUUCACCCGAGCACACGGGGAUACCGUUUUGUGUUAGUCCUGGUGGAUUACGCAACGCGUUAUCCCGAAGCAGUGCCCUUGCGCUCUAUCUCGGCCAAGAGUGUUGCGCAAGCGCUGUUUCAGGUCAUCUCCCGAGUUGGAAUCCCGAAAGAGAUUCUGACUGACCAGGGCACGUCCUUUAUGUCGCGCACGAUAAAGGAACUUUACGGGUUACUGGAAUUAAAGCGAUCCGCACCAGCAUAUACCAUCCGCAAACGGAUGGGCUGGUGGAGAGAUUAAAU